CUUUGUUACCGGUGAUUGUGCUUACACGGACUAUUUAGACAGUUACACGAGCGACCUGUCAAGGCGAAAACAAGCAGUGCCCAGUGCCUCAGCCUUCUCCCCUCUGCAGCCUGCAGGAUGGCCCAGGCAGACAGCAAAGUGCUGGUUCUGGGAGCGCUGGCUGGAGUGGCUGGCAUCAGUCUGGCUGUGGUGUGUUACCAAGGCUUCAAGACAAAACGGAGAAGCUCCUGUCCAGGGUUCUACCUCAACAGAAAUAAUGACCAGGGGCCCGGCCUCAUGCUGGUGGAUGGUCCAGGUAUGCCCAGGGGCCAGAUUGAGGUGCUGGAGCGCCUGGAGGCCCUGAUCCAGUGCGUGUCAGAGCUGAAGGAGGAGAUGAAGUCGUUGAAGAAUGCUCUGCCGACACUGCCAGACCAAGUCAGGGAGGAGCUGAGGGGGCGUGAUGAGGGGAGGCGAGCCAGCCCGCUCCAUAGGAGCACCCCGACACGGAGGAAAAGGGCUGCUGGCAGCAUCAGUGGGGCCAGAGCUGGGGGGCGGAGCUCAGAGGAAGCAGAGAGUGAGGGAGGGUAUAUAACAGCGCUGACGGAUUCUGAUGAGGAAGAGCUAAGCGAUGCACAACAGAGUGAUGAGGAACAACCUGCAGACCCUCUCUCCGUCCUGCUCGAGAGGAUCGACUGUUUGCACAAAGGCACUGACUCAGAAAAACAGGACAGUCUCAACCUUCUUCUGGAGCACAGAGAGGAGUUUGGACAGAACUCUUCAUUUCUAUGGCGGCUAACACGGGCUUACUGUGACAUCCAUGACAUCAGCUCAGCUGUGGAGGAGAAGAAGAGUCAUGCAGAAACUGGGAAGAAAAUUGGCGAGGAGGCUGUGGGCCUGAAUCCUACUUGUGCUGACAGUCAUCAGUGGUAUGCCAUCAUGUGUGGGAUCAUGGCAGAAUAUGACACUGUGCAGAACAAGAUAAAGAAUGGAUACAUCUUCAAGGAUCAUCUGGAUAAAGCCAUCGAGCUGAAGCCACAAGACCCCUUGUCCUACUACCUGCUGGGUCGCUGGUGCUACGCCGUGGCUCAGUUAUCAUGGAUUGAGAGGAAGGUGGCAGCAACAUUAUUCGGAGAGCCCCCUAGUGCUACGGUUGAAGACGCCCUGAAGAACUUUCUGAAGGUUGAGGAGAUCCAAGUGGGAUAUUCCAAACUCAACUACGUGUUUCUCGCUAAGUGCUACAGAGACCUGGGGCAGAGGGAGAAGGCCAGGAAGAUGUGUGAGGCUGCGUGUUCAGUCAAGGCUGUCUCCAAAGAGAAUGAAGAGGCACAGAAGGAGCUGGACUUACUCUGCCCAGCUCUUGGAGUGUGACCACGGCAGCAGACCAUGUGUUUUCCACUAGCUGCUAUUGACGUGUGUGGGUGUGUGGGUGUGUGUUUAAAGUGUUUUUUUAGAAGCCAUCAUGAUAAUUCACUCUGUGAGUGGAUGGAAGAGUACUGUGGCAUCUUAUCAGCUACAGAAGCUACCACAGUCAGAGCCGUCCUCUGAGGUUUUAAAUCAGAUCAAUCUUUUGUUCUUAUUAUUUGGUUUUAUUUUUUUAUUUUGUGGAAAACAAACUUUUUAUAUCUGGUUGUGUGAAAUCAGAGAGAUCUUUAGUUUCUCAUGAAAUAAUGUAACUAUAACUGGUGUAAUCAUAGGUUGUGGUAAAUUCCUUCUGAUUUUUAGCAUAUAUAUAUAUAUUUUAUAUAUUCCCCAUGUGUUGAUGUGUGUGCAGCCACGUGUAGCAGACACACACACCUGUGUCUCCAGGAUACUAGGUUUCCUGAUAACAAAAACUUGUCACUCUUAAGGUGACCCAUAGGACUCUCUGUUCUUCUCCAACAAAACAUUCAAUAGGCAACAACAAAAAGUCAUCAGACAAUGGUGUGCCCGAACAAGGAUGUUGGAAUGCUGUGACCACAGAGUGACCUCUUCACUCUGCCUUCAGUCACACCAGUGUCAGCACUCUCCUGUUACUGUCACGUUACCUUUAUAGAGUAAUGAUUGGCCAAUAAUGUCCGGUGCAUCUUUUCAUUAGAGAUAUUCUUCGCCAUAUUCACUCAGCUGCAAUUUUCCUCUGAGGUCAUUUUCAGAAUUGGGAGCUCAAAGAAUAACGUUGUAGUUACUGCCGUGUUCCAGGUUGCAAACUUUAUGCAAACUUUAUUUCAUCACUGCUCAGACACAUAGUGAAAGACCUUUAAUAUUUCGAGUUAAGAGCUUGAUAUUUACACCCAUGUAAUAUUAAUAUCACAGAGGCGUGAUGGUGAGACUUAAACCAUGGCAGCAUCUGAGGUAGUAAAAGAGACGUUAGAGAGCGCUGUGUGUGUGUUCGAAGCUCCCGCUGUGUGUUUACCUCUUGGGCUUCUGCAGUGCUGUAACAAAAAAGUGACAUCUCUCACUGGAACACCAAUAUUCUGCUAUUGUGUGGUCGAUAUGAAAGUACACGGGCAGUAGCUGUUGUAGCAACAACAAGCUAUUGUGUUGUUUUAUCUUGAAGUACUGCCUGAUGUCUUUCCAGGUUUUUAUUUACAUCUUCUCUGAGAAAGAUGGAUGCAUUUUUAUAAACUCACUGUACUUUAAACUGCAGUUUUACUUGAUUAGCGUUAAAAUUAUACAACUUCAGUGCCCCAUCCUCAAAGUGAUGUCAGAGGAAAAUGGUCCCCAUGUGCCCGUGGCAGUUGUGUCGCUCUAUUAUAAAUGUGUUUUAAAUAAUCUCACAUGAAGACAUCUUAAAUUCUGGUAAGAGUUUUGUUUAACCAGGUUUCUCUAAAUCUCAUGUACCAAAAACUCUAGCUGAAUCAUUUAAAGGCCCAUGUUACAAUGAUUACCCCACUCAUUUUCUGUAUGUUUUAUAUUUGUCAGAUCAGCGACAACAAACUCUUUGAUGUUUGUGACCGUUUCACUGCAGAAUAGUUUAAAUAAGCCCCAGUUACAGUCGCUAUAUGAAUAAUCAUAACAGGUGACUUUUCUAACCAUACACAUUUUGAAACACAUUAUAUGCAGCUCUUGCUCCCUAUAUUGGUCUUUAAAAUCUGUGUAUUCAAAUCUGUCAAGUACGCUUUUUGAAGACGUGUUUUUUUAUAAUGACCCUUUACAUUUUUACAGAGUGGUGUAACACAAAAGCCACUAAGUUUUAAGAAAAAAUAAUUAAAUGUUUAUACAAGGCUCCUCAUGAUGUGUUUAAAUGAGCUAUUUUUUCCUGUUAAGAUUCAGUUAAUGUGAGACAACACAAAGAUUGGGGAGCCUGUUUGGCCUUGUGGUUGAAUUGUGCACCUCAUGUAUGGAGGCUACAGUCCUUAAAGUGGACGACCUGGGUUUAAUCCCAACCUGGGGCCCUUUGCCACGUGUCAUUCCCCACUCUCACUACCCACUGUCUUGUCUUCCAAAUAAAGUCAUGAAAGCCUAAACUUUAAAGAAAACAAAGAUUGAGACCAUGUGGGGCACUCUUUCAUCUAAAUGAUCAUAUAUAGGCUUAAUUAUUUCUCUAAACAUCAAAUGACUUGACGUUGACAGAUAUUAUGUGCAUGUGAGAGAGUCAACAAAAGGAGAAAGUAGAGAGCAGUUUGAAUAUUAUUCUCGGUACAACAGAGCGGAUAGGUCGGUGGCUCUGCAAUGAAAUAAAGACGAAUGUAACGUAGCUUUACAAAAGUUGAAGAAACACGUACAUCCAAACCUAAGAGGGCAGGUGCUGAGUCUUGUAGGAGUCUCACUGAACAAAACAAAGAAAAAGACAUCUCGCACACUGCAGGCACACUGCUCAAAUGUUCCAGACAGUUUAUUUCACCUGGUUAGUUACAUUUUGAGUGGAUUUGCAGAUUUGCUCUUUAUCAGACUAUUAUCACAAGCUGCAAGUCAUUUAGAGUCACACAAUGGUCAAAUAUCAUGUGAUGGUAUUCCAGGUCCAACUAAAUAACUAUAAAAUGAUUUCUUUUUAUACUUUUAUGCAUUCCUGAUGAUGUUACUUUUGCUUCCACCCAAUUUUGUUGAUGCAUAUUGUAAAAAAAGAAGUGAGGUUUUAGUUUGUUUUAUUCUUGAGAUUAGUUCUGGAUUCAAAGUUAAUUUUAUUUGAUUUAUGUAUAAGCUGCAUGAAAACAACAAGACCUGUUUUUUGUCACUUUGCAGAUUUUUCUACCAGCAGAAUGAAUGUAUUUGAUUUUUUUUCUAAUGCCAAAGUGAGUCAAAAUGAUCCUGAAAGUUCUAUAUGAUACACUACACAAAGAUGAUACUGUAUGACAUCUCCCUGACAGUGUGCACUGAAUGAUUGAUGGUACUGGAGUAUGUAAUUAAAUAUGUGAAACAGUUUA